UUCUCAAAUCUAAUUCAACACUAAUAAAACUUUAUCGUAUUAUUUUUAUUACUUUUGCACUACAUAAGACACAUUUUUUCGGUUUCUAGUCAAAAGCAGCAAGUGAAAGAAGAAAAUUCCCAACUUUAAAAGAAAGGUUUUAUUUUAUUAAACGAAAUUCAGCAAUCUCCAUUAAUCACGACCAUCGAUUUAACGAAGAUGCAGAUCCAUAUUGGUGUUCCUCUCCUUACUUUGGCGAUUUUCUUCAGUUUCACUAAAUUAAGUUCACAGUACAAUAAAGAUCUUCUUGUGCCUAACAAUAUGAGUAUUCCAGAUUACUACGACAUCUUUUACACUAUAACGGAUGAUAUAGAUAUAGUGGCAUAUAAUGGGCACAAUGUAGUAGUUCACGGGCUAAUAGACGCUGGUGCUACACCUUCUGAAAAUAUACUAGUUGCGGCACUAGAAAAAGAUGGGGACAAAUAUUGGGCGCGUGAAUUAAUAGUAGAUGGCGAGCAGGUUACGGUGGAUGGGGCCAAUUAUUAUUAUUGGACUGACCAAGACACAACCACAUAUCAAAUCGAAUUUGGCAAAGUGAUUUCGUAAAAGAAUAUUUGACAUUUCUGACUGCACAUCUGUUUUUAUGUCGACAUCCGCCCUCGCUCAAGGAGAAACCAAUAUUUCCUUUUUUCCCAUUGUGAUAUAACACUAAAAAAAAAUAAAUAAAAUAAUAUUAAUCAACAGUAAUUUCGAUUAUUUUUAGGCAUAACAUAUAUAAAAACUAUUUUUUAAGUUCAUAGGUUAUUAAAAUUACUGUUGAUUCAUACUAGUUUCUAGUUCAUGAUUAUUUUAUAGUUGCAAAAAAGGUUAUAUUGG